AUGACACCUGCGCAGAAAGCGCCCUUACGUGGUCCGCGCGGUGUGGAGGGCCCGCCUGGGCCCCCUGGAACCCCGGGGGUCAACGGCAACGCCGGUCCUACAGGUCUGCAAGGCCUGACCGGAUCCACGGGGUUGCAGGGUCCACAGGGCGUAAAGGGCGACAAGGGCGACAAGGGCGACAAGGGCGAUUCGGGCAGCGCCGGUCUUCAAGGUCCUAAGGGAGAUCCUGGGGUCCCUGGGGUGGAAGGGAAGGCCGGCCUCACAGGAAAAGUAGGUCCUAUUGGUCCGCAAGGUCCAGAAGGGCCAAAGGGCUUGAUUGGCCCCACCGGCCUCACCGGCCAGCGCGGUGAGACGGGUUUAAGAGGAAAGGACGGCACUCCGGGUAUCCAAGGGCUGGACGGCAAGCCGGGACGACCAGGUCCACAAGGUCAGCCGGGUCCUGAAGGGCCUAUUGGACCAAAGGGUGACACAACGCUAGUACCCGGGCCUCCUGGUGCCCAGGGCGUGCAGGGUUUACAGGGGCUGCGAGGUGAACAGGGACCUGCUGGCCAAGCAGGGCCCCAAGGGCUUUCUAUUAAGGGCGACGCUGGCGAGGCAGGCCAGCCGGGUCAGCCUGGCCCCCCAGGUCCUCCUGGGCCAUUAGGACCGCAGGGUCAAUCUGGUACGGCUGGCAGAGAUGGUAGAGACGGUGCUGAUGGUCUCGAGGGAAAACAAGGACCAAUCGGGAUCCCAGGGCCACUUGGGCCACCAGGCCCCCCUGGCGACCGGGGUGAAAUAGGGCUUACUGGCCAGCGGGGCGAGGUAGGGCCUCCAGGACCAGGUGGACCUCAAGGAACCCCGGGAAUUGCUGGUCGCCGUGGUGUGACCGGUGAAAAGGGCGACACCGGGCUUAGAGGACCACCGGGGGAGAAGGGCAGUAAGGGCGACGUAGGUAGUGUAGGGCCUAGAGGCGAUACAGGUUUGACGGGUUUGCCCGGUUUGGCAGGAAAGCCAGGAGUUGAAGGACCUCAAGGUCCCGAGGGGCGUGUUGGCCCCAAAGGUGAUUCUGGCCCAACGGGAGAGGCGGGACGACCAGGGCUUCCAGGAUUAGCCGGACCAAAGGGAGGCGCGGGACCAGAGGGUCCUAUGGGGCCUCCGGGGAUCCCUGGACCUCGUGGUGAUCGUGGUCAAGUCGGCCUUACCGGUCAAACCGGUUUGACCGGUAAAGACGGACUCACAGGACCGAUCGGUCAGACCGGUUUAACCGGUAAAGACGGCCCACAGGGACCGCCCGGUUUGCCUGGACAGCCUGGGCCCCCUGGAGAGCAAGGACUGCCAGGACUGGUGGGGGAACGCGGUCUGGAAGGUCCCCGUGGACCUCCUGGAGCCGACGGAAGACCUGGUGUGGCUGGUAGAGUCGGUUCGCCAGGUCCAAUAGGACCUCAAGGUAAUCCAGGUAUUCAAGGUAAUCCAGCACCGCCUGCACCACCAGGCCCUCCUGGACCUCCCGGUGACAGAGGUCCUAUGGGCUACAGAGGUGAAAUGGGGCCGGCCGGCAGCGCUGGACAGGAUGGAGCAGACGGGAAGGACGGAUUAAAUGGUCUGCCUGGCGCUGAUGGUGCUCCCGGUGAACGUGGCCCUCCGGGAGCAGACGGAAAGCCUGGUAAGGACGGUUCACCGGGUUUACCAGGUGAGCGCGGAGAGGCGGGCCCGCAGGGACUGCCCGGGAAGGACGGACCGCCGGGAAAGGACGGUAAGGACGGCGAGAAGGGCUUGCCGGGACAACAGGGAAUACCAGGUAUUCCUGGCCCCCCUGGAAUUCCUGGGCUCUCGGGCCCACCUGGAAAUCCCGGUCCUCCAGGGCCUCCUGGAUCGCUGAUGGUAACAGAUAAGGCAGCAGCUAAGAUUAAAGAUAAUGCUUAUUGUCUAAUUAAUUACGCAGCAGCAACAUUAAUUAGUUCGAUAGAAGUUGUUUUAAACGGAACAGUAGUUAGUAGAAACACUGAGAACUAUCCAUACCGCGCCUUUUUUGAAACAAUUUUGUCCUGUGACAAAACAGAUACUGAGUGUCAUUUGAGAAUCGGUGGCUUUUAUCCAGAUGAUGGAGAUAGCCCGCACGUAUUUAAUCCAACAAAAAAUCCCGGUCAGAAUCAAAAUGCGCUUUUCCCAUUGCAACACGUUGAAGUUCAAACUAUAACGGCAGCUAAAGGUCAAAGAUAUAUUAUGCUUGACAAUGUGUAUACAGGAAACAGAGUUCCCUCAAUAAUAGUUUGCGGUCUUUGCGAUAACACUGCUGUUGCUGACUUUACACUUAGUUUAAAUGGAACACAACACAAAAUAGGACCCCUUGAUUUUAACAGUAAUCUAAACGUUAUGGGCUACCACAACUUGCUGAAAGCUGCUGGUCUUUUAAGAAAUGGUCAGCCAUCACUAAUAACGUUGGAUAGGUAUCGUCACGGAUACUGUCUAUUUGGCUUUGAUUUGUCGGCAGAACUGAAUGGUCCUGGCGAUGGAACUCACAGCUCAUUGCCUCCAGUAGGAAAUGUUCAAAUGGACAUGGAGAAGCUUGUGCGUUCAUUCCAAAUUCUUACUUGCGAUGCGAAAAUUGCCCCGGCCCUAAGUGAGAUGGGCUCGCAAUUCAUGUUACUUGAGCUUAACUUUUUGUACACGGUGUCAG